CGGCGCGCUCGACCCCAAACGCACAUGUCUCAUCUGGGCGAGGAGCGUCGCUGGCGUGAUGAGCAACGGCGCGCCGAGUACGGACGCGAAGGGCGGCGAUGGCGGGACGAGUCGCGACGGCGGUCGCGAUCGCGCGAUGAGCCGCGGCGGGAUGAGCUGCGACGGCGCGACGAGCGUUGGCAAGGCGAGCAAGGGCGGCACCAUGACGGGCGGCACGACGAGCGGCGCGGCUACAACGACCCUUGGUGCAGUGGUCGCGAGCAGCGACGGCACGCUGAGCCAAAAAGGCCCGCUGAGCGAUGCCGCGAUGAGCCAUUUCGAGGCGGACGACGGCCGCAUCAUGACGGGCGGCACGACGAGCGGCGCGGCUACAACGACCCUUGGUGCAGUGGUCGCGAGCAGCGAUGGCACGCUGAGCCACACGCCGCUGAGCGAUGGCGCGACGAGCCAUUGCGAGGCGAACGACGGCCGCAUCAUGACGGGCGGCACGUUGAGCGGCGCGGCUGCAACGACCGACCAAGCAUAGGCGAGCGCGAGCGCGACUUGUGCGAUCGGCGCGAUGAUCGGCCCCACGAUCCCAGGCGCGACCAUGACCGGCGCGACCGCCGCGGCGAGGGGCAGCCUCAGCACAGCGACCGCCGGUGGAGUCCGCCGAUGCGUGGUGCGGGAUCGCGCGACGAGAGGCACACUGCUGCCGGUGGUCAGCUCAAUGCUAAGCAGCUCAGCAGCCACAUCUCGCAUGCCAGCGGCGCCGACGAGCUGCUCACGCUCUUUGCUGCCCACAGUGCGAGCCUGAACCACAUCCACGCUGCGAACCUGUGGAACAAACUGGGCAAGCAGCGCAUCGAGCGGCGGCACGAGGGGCGGCUUGAGCAGCUGGUGCAGCGCACGCUCCACCUCGUCUCGUCGUGCGAAGCACACUGCUCGCGUGUGAUCAGCGACUCGCUCGCGCGGGAUCCGUCGAGGUGGGGCGUCGUGGACCGCUCUCAGCUGCACCAGUGGCAGCUCUGGCUCUCCCUUGAGCGAGGAGCAGACGGGCAGCAGCACCUUCUCUCCGAGUCCCAGCGCAAGCUCUGCUGCGACGCCAUGCAAGAUACGCAAGUGACGAUCUCUGAGUUCCAACGCUCCGUCGCGGCUGCCCUCGCCGCCGUCCAGCACGGCUUCGAGGAGGAGCAUCUCGAGCCGCGCACCGGCUACUCGCUCGACCUAUCGCUGCCCUCGUCACGCCUCGCGAUCGAGGUGGACGGCCCCUCUCACUUCCUGCUGCCCGACGGCCGGGGCGUGCGCAAACCCAACGGGCCGACGCUGCUCAAGCGGCGCCUCCUCACAGCGGCUGGCUGGAGGGUGAUCAGCGUUCCAUUCUACGAGUGGAACGGCUUCGCGACUGCCAGUGAGCGGCACACCUACCUGCAGAGGCUGUUGGGCUAGUACUGUGCCGCCACGAGCGCCGCGACCACCUCGCCACGCUCUCGACCGAGAGCCGCCUAAACGCCGCCUCC